AUACGGCAAAAGAAGGCCGCUUUUCGCCGUUCUUCUCUCCCCGCCCCCCCCACCGCCCUCCCUCUCCCUUAGCAUGGCAACGGUGGCGGUUGGGCGCGUGUUGCUGGCGGGGAACCGCACCUGGAGCGCAGCGGUGAGGACGGGAAAGCCGCGGGUGGGCGCAAAGACGUUAAGACUAAUCUGCACUACUGCAGCAGUGCAGAAGAAAAAUGUUGCUGCUUUAGGACCUGAAAAGUUCACAGAAGUUUUUAUCAGAAAACAGAUUGAAGAGUUCGACAUGGGAAAGAGACAUUUAGCCAACAUGAUGGGAGAAGAUCCAGAAACUUUUACCCAAGAGGAUAUCGAUAAAGCUAUUGCAUAUCUCUUUCCCUCUGGUCUGUUUGAGAAAAGGGCCAGGCCAAAAAUGAAGCAUCCUUAUGAAAUAUUUCCAAAGCAAAGAGCAAUCCAAUGGAGUGAAGAUGGCCGUCCAUUUCACUUUCUUUUUUACACCGGCAAGCAGUCAUAUUAUUCUUUAAUGCAUGAAACAUAUGGUAAACUACUGCGCAUUCAGGAGCACCUGGAUCAAAUGCAUGCUCAAGGAUUAGUUCCUGAGAAUAAAACCCAAUCCAACCUGAUUGGCAGCAGAUGGCUGAUUAAAGAGGAAUUGGAAGAAAUGUUAGUGGAAAAACUGUCAGAUCAAGAUUAUUCACGGUGUAUUCAGCUGCUAGAAAGAUUAGUAGCAUUGCCAUGCUGUGGCAUUGAAGAAGAGUUUGUGCUAAAAUUUCGCAAGCAAUUACCCAUCCAAUCCAAGAAACAGACAAUUGAACCCUUGAAGUAUGAUGAGCGAGGAGUGGCCUUUAGCACUGCAGAAGGAAAAAGAAAGACAGCAUCUGCUACUGCUACUGUUUAUGACAAUGGAAGUGGAAAAAUUACUAUAAAUGGAGAAGAUUAUGUAUUAUACUUUCCAGUAUUGCAGGAUAGAGAACAGCUGAUGUUCCCGUUCCAAUUUCUUGAUCGACUGGAGAAAUAUGACAUGAUCUGCUCUGUUUCUGGAGGAGGAAGAGCAGCACAGGCUGGAGCAAUCCGCUUAGCUUCUGCAAAGGCGUUAUGCAGCUUUGUCCCUGAAAGCGAGGUGGAGUUCAUGAGGCAAGCUGGUCUCCUGACACGUGAUCCACGUGUGAGAGAACGAAAGAAACCUGGUCAAGAGGGAGCCCGCAGGAAAUUCACCUGGAAGAAGCGCUAAAUCUGAAAAUCAAACACUGCAUUGCAGCUCUUUAUAUUUUGUGUAUAUAUAAUUUCAAUGAAAGUUUACAAAGUU